GUUCGAGGCGCUAGCGAAGAGUACAGUAUAAUUACCCUGCAUAAAGUUCCCUGAUUUUUCUCGGCUUUGGGAGGCAUUGUCAGCUCUUGUCUAGACUGAGAACCUCGGGCGAAAACAGAACUCCGGAGCCGCAAACUAGAACCCGUGUCCGAGAAGACAGACAGCCAACCAACCGCAUAUUCACUGCCAUUCAAUCAUGACAGAAAGCCACAAGUCCGAGGUUGUCGAGGAGCACCUUGAGAAAUCUGAUCAGCAACAACAACACCAACAAUGGGCUGAGGUGGCUGCGCGCCAGAUCGAGUACGAGAAGAACCUGAGUUUCUUCCGCAGCGUUUGGAUCUACUGGAGGAGCACCCUCUGGGUUCUCUACGGGCAGCUGAUCGUCUUCGGCUACGGCAUCGAUGGCAUCAUUGCGGGGAGUCUCCUUGCCAUCCCCAAGUUCCGUGAGGACUACGGCAAACUCUACGGAACAGGCGAGGCGGCCGCAUACAUUAUCCCGGCGACCUGGCAGAGCCUCUACGGCGGCGUCUCCCAGCUGGGAGCCGUCCUCGGCGCCGCGCUGACGGGCUGGCUCGCAGACCGGAUCGGGCGUCGCUACACCAACCUCUUGUCGUGCGCCGUCUCAGUCGUCGGGGUCGCAAUACAGUACGUCUCCACCCGGAACGGCUCGCUGGGGCUGCUCACGGCGGGCAAGGCGGUGAACGGCCUGUCCAUCGGUGCCUGGCUGGUGAUCGGGCCGCUGUACGCGUCCGAGGUGGCGCCGCUGAAGCUGCGCGGCUGGCUCACCGCCAUGACGAACAUCAUCCAGUUCUCGGGCGUGCUCGUGUUCACGGGGAUCAUGUACCGCCUGGGCCCGCAGAACCACGCCGAUGCGUACAUCAUCCCGUUCGCGUGCCAGUGGAUCGUCCCCUGCGUUAUGUUGCUCACGGUCUGGUUCUGGCCCGAGUCGCCCGUGUGGCUGGUCCGGACCGGGCGGAUCGAUGCGGCGAAGCGGUCUAUCCGGCGACUCCACGGCGCCAAGUCGGCUUCGAUCGAUCCGGACGCCAUCUUGGCCUUGAUCCGGGACACGGCACAUACGGAGCAGGAGCACCGGGCGCAGACGGCGAAUGUCACGUAUGCGGAUUGCUUCGCCGCCGUCGACCGCAAGCGCACGCUCAUCUGCAUGUUUGUGUAUGGCUGCCAGUACCUCUCGGGGAUCAUCUUCGUGCUCGGUUACCAGUCGUACUACUACCAGCUCACCGGGUUCGAUGCUAAGAUGUCGUUCUUGCUUGGCAUGCUGAAUAACUGCAGCAUGUUCGUCGCCAACAUUCUCUCCUGGUCGCUGAUUGGCUUUGUUGGCCGCCGCCCGCUCAUUGUCUGGGGCCAGUUUGCUUGCGCCUUGACCCUGCUUAUCGUCGGCGGUGCUUCGGUUCCGGGACGAAAGGAUACGUACCUGGUUACUAUUGCGUUCAUGUUUGUUUGGGGGUUCAUCUACCAACUUACGCUGGGAACGGUGGCGUGGACUGUUGUGGCAGAAAUCCCGUCGUGGCGGCUUCGCUCGCGAACUCAGGGGCUGGCCAACAUUGUUCUCGUCGUCAUCCAGUGGCUGGUCGGCUUCGUGUUCCCUUACAUGUUUAACCCGGACGCAGGGAACCUUGGCGGCAAGGUCGGUUUUAUUUUCGGUGUAACCACCCUGAUCGGCUUUAUCGGAUGCUGGUUUUGGCUUCCAGAGACGAAGGAUCGGACCGUGGCUGAGUUGGACGAGCUCUACGCAGCGGGGGUUAAGCCGCUGCUUGGCAAUCCAAUCCGCCUGGAAGCGCACACCCACCAGCGCCUCGUCCUUGACCUCGAGUAA